AUGAGCGAGACGAAGCAGGGCGAGAUGAUGAAAAACGCUUUGUACACAGGAAGCGAAGGAACCAAUACUGCACACAAGCAAGACGAAGGAAUGGAAGACGCUUUUGACAGAUCAAGUGACAUUAUAUCUUUCUCAAGCGACUCUACACAGUUCUACGGAGAUGCCACAGAAGUAGCCGCGUUACGACGAACCGACGACGAGGAGCCAACCCUUGAUGACUACAUCUGGGAGGAUGAGAGAGCUCUUCUUGGCAAGGCGGUCAGAAUUUACUGGGACAAAUCGCACGAUGUCCCAGAUGCGGAGGACUUCGACAAUGACACCACAGCAGUAGAAGCGAUCGACGGAGUGAUGGCCAAGGAGCCCUGGGCGAAGCAGAUGUCUCUAAUUGGCGUCGUGGAGGACUUCAUCACCGAUCGAACAUUGCAGGUCAGACUUCAUCCUGGGAGGAUGACUGUUGGCGUGGACAAGGGCAAAGUUAUUGUGAUUGAGACACCACUGGGGCGACCAGACUGGGCAUUGGACAACGAUGCUGCGAGAUUGUAUCGAGACAGUUGGGAGCGCUAUCAACAGAACAUCGAGGGGGAUCAGAAUGGUGGGGAGGGUCAGCAUGUAUGGGCGGGACCUACUGUGGCUUUUAGUGAAUAA